GGACAAUAUUGACAGAUGCAAAAAGAUUUUGAAUUUAUAUCGUAUGUAAUUUAAUCAAAAUGAGGAGAAGUUCCGCUCCUAGUCAGAAGUAUAAAGCCGAAGAUACACUUAUUAAAAAUGUAAACAGUGGGUUUAAGUCUCCUUUUACUUCAAAAAGAACCAGAGAUCAUUCUAAAGACACUAAAACUACAAAACGAGUCCCACUUUCACAAGUUAACACAGAAAUUAUAUUUGUGUCCGACCAUGAGGAACUUAUUAAGAAAUUAUCUAGACCUUUUAAAUGUCCAGUUCCAAACUAUGAAGGAUCCAAUAGUACUAGAAAUUUGGGCAUUAGAAGACCACAAGUUAAAAGAGCUCUGUAUGAUCCCAACACACCAAAUGCUUUAGUACUGUAUGCUCCACCCGAAAUCUCAGAACAUGAUAAACUAAAAAGUGAUAAGACAAUUUUAGUACAUGUUGUAGUUGAUCCUUUAUUAGGAAACAUUUUACGUCCUCAUCAGAGAGAGGGAGUAAAGUUUAUGUAUGACUGUGUGACAGGUGUUCAAAUCCCUGGUUCUUAUGGAUGUAUUAUGGCAGAUGAAAUGGGAUUAGGAAAAACUCUACAAUGCAUUACUCUUUUAUGGACAUUGGUUAGACAAGGACCUGAAGCUAAACCAUUAAUUGACAAAGGAAUCAUAGUAUGUCCUAGUUCGUUGGUUAGAAAUUGGAGUAAUGAAAUCAAUAAAUGGUUGAAAGGGCGUUUGAGCUCAUUAAUCAUGGAUGGAGGAUCAGAUGCGAAAAAGAAACUAACACAAUUUAUGCAGGGUCAAGGAAGGACAGCGAUACCUGUUCUCAUAAUUUCCUACGAGACUUUCAGAAUGCAUGCUGAUAUUCUGCAUAAGAGUGAAAUAGGACUUGUGCUUUGUGAUGAAGGACAUAGGUUAAAAAAUUGUGAAAAUCAAACAUAUCGGGCAUUAAUGGGACUAAAAGCUAAGAGAAGAGUUUUACUUAGUGGUACUCCUAUUCAGAACGAUCUUUUAGAAUACUUUAGUUUAAUCCAUUUCGUCAACGAAGGUCUGUUAGGAAACGCAUCAGAAUUUAAAAAGAAAUUUGAAAAUUACAUAAUAAGAGGGCAAGAUUCAAUGGCUACAGAUCUAGAACGACAACAUGCUUCUGAAAGACUGAUUGAGCUCACCACUAUCGUAAAUAAGUGUCUCAUUCGCCGCACUGCUUCCCUUUUAACCAAAUAUCUCCCAGUUAAAUUCGAAAUGAUAAUCAUUUGUCAAUUAACACCUCUUCAAAAACAGCUGUACCUUAAUUAUAUUAACUCAGAAUUAAUAAGAAAAUCGGUAACCGGCGAGGAAUCUCAAGGAAAUACUCUUAGUACUUUGGCUAGUAUUACCACUUUGAAAAAAUUGUGCAAUCAUCCAGACCUUGUACUGGAUAAGAUUUUAGAAGGAUCAGGAGGUUUUGAAAAGAGCAGGAAUCUUUUACCACCUAAGAACGGACCUAACGAUGUAAGACCCGAACUUUCAGGAAAGUUGAUGCUUCUGGAUUACUUUUUGGCUAAUCUUAAAGCUAACUAUAGUGAUAAAAUUGUUCUAGUGUCGAACUAUACACAAACUUUAGACUUGUUUGAGGUUUUAUGUAGAAAAAGAGGAUAUUUAUAUGUACGAUUGGAUGGUACAAUGUCCAUAAAGAAGAGAGCUAAAGUAGUAGACAGCUUUAAUAAUCCGGAAUCGAAGGAAUUUAUUUUUAUGUUAAGCUCAAAAGCCGGAGGAUGCGGUCUUAAUUUAAUUGGUGCCAAUAGACUGAUCAUGUUCGAUCCCGAUUGGAAUCCUGCAAACGAUGAUCAAGCUAUGGCAAGAGUUUGGAGAGAUGGACAGCAGAAGCCAUGUUAUAUCUAUAGAUUCUUAGCGGCUGGCUCGAUAGAAGAAAAAAUCUUCCAAAGACAAGCCCACAAAAAGGCACUUAGUUCGACCGUCGUUGAUAUGAACGAAGAAGCAGCCAGGCAUUUUAGCGUUGCAGAAUUGAGGGAUCUUUUCAGAUUAGAAGAUACAGAAUCAGACACGCAUCAAAAACUCAAAUGUAAAAGGUGUAUGAACAAGAUACAAAUUAAAAAUCCACCCGACGAGGCUGAUUGUACUGACGAUUUAGCACUAUGGUAUCAUUGUUGGGAUAAAAAGGGGUUGGCAGAUAUGGUUUUAAAACAAAUCUGGGAUAUGUCAAAAUACAUAUCAUUUGUAUUCCAUCAGAAGUCUGCCAAACAAGAAGUCAAAAAAGUUGUGGAAGAAGAAGAUCCUGAUUAUAACGAAAAGGAAGAAUCCGAUUUUGACGAUAAAGAUUCUGAUUAUUCGGAUUAGGAACAAAUAUGUUCAUAUGUCUUUUAAAAAGAAUACAUUGUGAUAUGUUUCUACUACAUAGUUUCCAAAUGAUUGUAAUUUUAAAACAUAAAGUUUUCUAUGUAAGAAUUAG